AUGCCCGAGGGCUGGGAGGACAACGCCGACUAUUCGCAGAUCACCGCAUUCUCGCAACUUCCCCAUCGCUUCUUCGGUACCAAUCAACACAUCAAGAUCAAUGAAGACUUUAAAGAAGCCAUGCGCCAAAUCCUGUGGCAGUUCCGUGCUCCCAUUCGAUACGCUUUCGCAUACGGCAGUGGUGUCUUUACGCAGUCCACCAACCAGUCAGCAGCCAGCGUCGCCCAGUCCUUCUCUCCUCACCCACAUCCGCCAGAGGCCGUCACCAAAUGGCAAGAAGGAGGAGGCAAGAUCAUCGACUUCAUCUUUGGUGUCUCCCACACUGAACAUUGGCAUUCGACCAACAUGCGCCAGAACCCCCAUCACUACAGUUUCUUGAAAAGCUUGGGAUCUUGGACCGUCUCAAAGGUUCAGGACAGCAUUGGCGCUGGAGUUUACUUCAACCCUUACAUCACCGUCAAUGGUGUUAUGAUCAAAUAUGGUGUAGUCAAUAUCGACACCAUCUGCAAGGAUCUCAGCGAAUGGAAUACUCUUUAUCUGGCUGGACGACUACAAAAGCCCGUCAAAAUUCUCAGAGACGACCCGAGAGUCAGACUUGCCAACCAGAUCAACCUCAUGUCUGCCGUCCGUACUGCUCUACUCAUGAUGCCUGAGAACUUCACCGAGAGACAACUCUACACAACUAUCGCCGGUAUCUCUUACAUGGGAGACCCUAGAAUGAACCCCAGAUUUGGUAGUGAGAACCCCCGCAAGGUUGCCAACAUUGUCGACGCACAAUUGCCUAGCUUCCGUCAGCUAUACGUCCCGCUCAUCGAGAAUUUGCCCAACGUUAGCUUCAACGAUUCGAGAGUCCCUGCAGAGCAUGGUUGGGAGAAAGAGGCCGCUAUCGCUAACGCUCUCUCGUCUUCUGGAAGAGCCAUCCCUGCUGAAGAUAUCAUCGGUGGCCUGGACGGUUUCAAGUUGCAGCAGGAUAUGGAUCCUAAGCGCAGAGGAAACAUGGUCCGCCGUCUACCCAAAGGUUUCCGCCAAAAGCUCUACUGGAACUAUCAGAAGAAAUUCCAGAUUCCUGGCUCAGCGUUCGACAAAGUUAUCGAAGAAGCCACAGAUGAAGAUGCUAUGAGCAUUAGGCGUCGUGAAGGUGGUGACUUCGAGCGUCGUAUCGGCACUCAGGACGACAUUCCCGAGGCUGUUGGUGAUUGCAUCAAGAAGACUAUCAGCUGGCCGAGUACAAGUCAGUCUCUAAAAGGAAUCCUGACCGGUGGACCUACUCGUUCCUGGAAGUAUCUCCAAGAGAAGCGCCAAAAAGGCAAGCUAGGCAAGGCCCAAAAAGAGGGUGAGAAAGAAACCAAAAAGGAAGAAUAA